AUGGCAAAGGCAGCUGCUUUGUCUUUUCCAGUCCCUGAUACAGCUAAGCAAUCUGAAAGUGGCCUCUCUUGGAAGGAGAUGGUUAUGAUUUCAUGGAUUCCAGUCGCAGUCUUGGGAUUCAUCGGAAAUGGAAUUGUUUCCUAUUUUUUCUGGUACAGGAGAAAAACUUCUAGGUUUUUUCUGUAUUUCCAGAAUAUCACUAUAGCUAAUUUUUCAGUACUUAUCUACGUAUUUGUAUAUUUUCAUAGGCUUUUCUUACGGAUAAGAAUCAAGAACGUUUUUGAACACUUUGUGCAUACAGUGCAGUUAUUGGGAGACAACACCAGAUUCUAUCUCUUAGCAGCCAUCUGUGUGGAAAGAUAUCUUCUUGUCUUUCGCUCAGUUUGGGUGAAGACUCGUCGGCCACAGUACACAUCAGCCGUGGUGGUUAGUAUUGUAUGGGUUUUGGCCGGCAUGGUAUCCACAGUGGAUCAUUUGGCCUGCUCUCCAGCAUUCUUCGUAACCACUUUUGAAUUUGAACUUUACUGCGUAUCUUUUACUGUCCUCAGGAUAAUUCUCGAGAUAGGACUCAUUCUCAUCACCAUAAUCUUUUGCACUGUAGCCAUUUUGAAGCAAAUUCUAACACAGCCAAUGCCUCCAGUAAGGCUUGAUGUCACCAUUGUAGCCACAGUCCUUCUGUAUCUUCUAACUGACGCACCUACUAGAAUUGUUUACGAGUUUUCUGUUUGGCUUGACAUAGAUGGGUUUGCGUUAAUUCUAAUGACUCAAUUAUUUGACACCAUCAACUGUGCUGUUGUUCCGUUUAUAUUUCUCAUUGUUGGAUGUUGGAAGAAGACCUCGGAUGAGCCAGUCAACCUGUUUCUUGAAAGGGCUCUGGCGUUUGAAGAAAACAGGGUAGAAGGAACACAAGGAAUACAAGGAGUGCGGGCCUGA